GGCGGCCUGACCCCGGUCCCGUCCGGUGAGCGACGGCCCCCGCGGCGGUGGCGACGGCGGUAUGGCCGUGCCCUGGGCUCUGCCCGCGCCCCUCAGCCCGGCGCAGCUGAAGCGCCUGGAGCAGCACCGCUACAGCGCGGCUGGGCGCUCGCUGCUGGAGCCGUGGCUGCAGCCCUACUGGGCCUGGCUGGUGGAGCAGGUCCCGCUGGGGCUGGCCCCCAACGCCAUCACCCUGGGCGGCCUCCUGCUGAACUGCCUGACGGCGCUGCCGCUCAUCGCCUACUGCCCCAGCGCCACCGAGCAGGCACCUUUUUGGGCAUACAUCCUGGGUGCAUUAGGACUUUUUAUCUACCAGUCUCUGGAUGCCAUUGAUGGGAAGCAAGCCAGAAGAACAAACAGUAGUUCUCCUCUAGGAGAACUCUUUGAUCAUGGUUGCGACUCUAUUUCCACAGUUUUUGUUGUCCUUGGAUCCUGCAUAGCAAUCCGACUAGGAACAAAUCCUGACUGGUUGUUUUUCUGUUGUUUUGUGGGACUGUUCAUGUUCUAUUCUGCUCACUGGCAGACAUAUGUAUCAGGCAUACUAAGGUUUGGAAAAGUUGAUGUCACUGAAGUUCAGAUAGCCAUAGCAAUGCUGCUCUUGAUAUCUGCAUAUGGUGGCACAGCAAUAUGGGACUAUAAGGUCCCUUUGGUGGGCUUAGAACUGAAGUUCUUUGCAGUUUUUGGCAUACUGUGUGGAACGGCACUUUCUUUUUUCAAUUACUUCCGUGUCAUCUUUGGUGGCGGGGUUGGAAAGAAUGGAUCUACGAUAGCAGGAACAAGCGUUCUCUCUCCAGGCCUGCACAUUGGGCUACUUAUCACACUGGCCAUCAUGAUCUAUAAAAAGUCUACAACACAGCUGUUUGAAAAACAUUCUUGCCUGUACGUCUUGACAUUCGGAUUGGUGAAUGCUAAAAUCUCACAGAAGUUGGUGGUGGCUCACAUGACAAAAAGCGAGAUCUGUCUUCAGGACACUGCAUUUAUUGGGCCAGGACUUCUGUUUUUGGACCAGUACUUCAACAGUUUCAUUGAUGAAUAUAUUGUUCUAUGGAUAGCACUGUUCAUAUCCUUGUUUGAUAUGCUGAGAUAUGCCACUGGUGUAUGCCUACAGAUUGCUGCUCAUCUUCAUAUACAUGUCUUCAGAAUUUCAUCUCAUCAAGCUCCUGAACAGGUUCAAAACCAUAAUGACUGAUUAAAUAGGUCAAGGACAAGAGGAGAAGCAGUUAGGGGAAUUCUGAAUGAAGCAGCCUCUCAUUUUUGGGAAGACAGAUUAAGCUUUUCAAGAAAAUAGUUCUAUGAGGAAGCUCACUCUAUCCCAGAUAGUACCAGAUGUUAGAAUUACUAAAUAUAAAGUCCUACAGAUUCUAUUGUGAUCAAUACAUUUGAAUCGGGAUGUGUUUCCCCCUGUGUUCUAGACACUGCAGCUGUUAUUUCAUACCAUGAACAUCACAUUUGAAACUUUUGCCAUUUCCUGUUAGGUAACCUUAAUUCUGCACUUCUGGUCUGGUGAAUGUAGACUGCAAACCAAGGUGCUACAAACCAGAAUUCAAAGUGCAAUUUCACUUUCCCUAGACCAAGUGACUAAGAUAGUGUUAGUUUCUAAAGUCUUCUUGGAACUGCUGUGAAGUGGUAGUCAGAGGUAUCAAUGAAUACAGUACUGCACUAAGACUGGUAGAAUGAGGCAUCCAUGAGGUAAAACUACUCGUUAAUCCCUGUGCUGGUAUUUCUAAAUAACAAGCUACUGGAUGAAGGAGGUAUAGCUCAGGAAAAUCUUCUUCUAUUUCAAAAUACUGUUCUUGAGUGCCUUUAGGAUUCAUGCAUUCUCUAGUAUCUAAGUAUAUAACCUACUGUUACUAAAUACAAUUGUAGCUUGUAUUUUCUUUCAAGGCCAGUUUCUGGUUUUGUGGUCAUAAUAAGGUUUGCCUCAUUGUACUCAUUAUUAUCUAGACUAUAGGUAGUUGCGUACUUCAAGGACACUGACUUUACCUACCCCAACUUGUAUCUGUGAAACUGCACAAGUGAAUGACAAAGCUCUUUGAUAAAAUGACUGUGACUGUUUGUGACAAUGCAACCCACCCAUAUGUAAUUCCCCCUGAAGUAUGUUUGCUGUCGCUGUGUUCGUCUACCUUAUUAUCUAUCUAUCUAGUCUGUCUUGGAACUGGCACUGUACUUUAUCCAAACAAAACUGUACGGAACUAAACUCUAAUGUACAGUAAAAUUCUCCCAAACAGAAAGUCAGGCCCACUAUCAGCCUUUCUCUUUCUUUUAGAACAGGCCCACUGACUAACAUAACACACCUAGCUAAAGGGCUGCUGUUGUCAUUAAAGAAAAGUUGAAUAGAAGUGGCUUAUUAUCUGUACAAGCAAAUCAUGUCUUGUACACAAACCCUCUAAGCUUAACCUCCUUUAAAGAGGUUCUAUUUGAAUACGAUUUUUGUAAAAAGCUGUUGAAUGUUUCUGUCUGUAACUUUCAGUUACUGAUAUAUAGCUGAGCUGUGAGUUUAUGAAGUCCUUCGUGAACUGUACAAUAAAGAAUGCUACGGUUUGUUUUAAAAAUAUUACCACUGCAGCUUCCUCGCUGCCCAUUAAUUCAAAAUGACUUCCUGGAGUGUUCAAGGAACUUUAAAAGUGGAGUAUUGUCUGCUAAAAUUGGGGGGAAUAAAAAUCCCAUCUACGACACUCCUGCCUAAGAAGGAUAUACUGAUAUGCUUGAGGGAUAACUGUAACAGUUACUGCCAAGGACUAUCACUCUGAAUAAUACCAAUUCCAAAUGAAUCCUACUGCUCCUGUUUGAGGCUGGGAAAGACACAGCAUCUAUACCUGACCUUAGCCUGAACCCAGGCCACAGGCAAAUAAGAGAGAAGAUGGUAAAGACCAUUUCAGUUUGUUUGAAUACUGUAAACAAGUUACCUGACCCAUGAAGAGACAUAGGCAACUUUAAAUUUUAGAGUGAGAAGGUUUGAUUCCCCAGAAUGCUCAAAAGCGUGUCAUAUAGUAGUAGGUAUGAGUAGUUUAAAAGGUAUGAUUGAGGUAUGUGGAUGAUAAGAAACUAAUGCAGAAAUCAGUCAGAAAACCAGAAAUGUGAGGCAAUACUAACAAAUAAAACCAGAAACGCGAGGCAAUACUAACAAGUAACCUAGUAUUAAAGAUAGGAAGCAAAAACUGUUAACUGCAUUUCAUAGCGUCAUCUAAUCAUCCUUUGAGGGCAGAGAUUCAGCAGCACUGUUACAAAUUAGCAUAGUUACCUGUUAGCCACCAGAGGCCCGUAUGGCCUCAUACAUCACUCUAGCAAUGUAACUUCUGUGUCUGCCCCUUCCCUGAGUCCUAGGAGACACAGAACAAAACGAGCUCCAUACCAGUUGCUUGUUCAAUUUUACUUGCAACCUCAUAGCUGAAGCAUCUGUAAGUUAGCUAUCAGUAAUCUGGCUCCCAGAACUGGAGAACCAUCAUCAAAUUACUUGAUUCUCAAAUAAAAAUGCUGGUAAGCUGAGGAGAAGAAUCUGUAUGGAAUGGUUUUGAAAUACAUUGUUAAGAAAACAUCACAUUUGUGUGUGUGGGUGCAUGGAUGGUUUUUGUGUUAUCUACUGUUGCAUUAAAUCUAAGUGUUAAAUAUGUUAGGAACUACCCAAGUUGUACAAGUGGAUAUUCAGGUGUAAUGGUCUUCUGUAAAAACAAACUGCAUGCAAGCUAAGACAAUUGUUUAAGUUAUGCUGAUUGACUGUAAUGAGAUAAAUGCUUUAUCCUUAAAACUUAGGCCUCCCUAAAUUGCUAGUCAUUUGGAAUUGCAAAAAGUAAUAUUCCAUCUCAGAGGCUUAUACUAACUUGUAUGAAAUAAAUGAACUAAAUUACUUCUAGCAGUGGUUCUACAAGAACUAUAUACCCCAAAAUGCAUAAUGUUUAAUUAUGCUUACUUGAGCAGAUGUCAUGUAAAGCUGUGAUACUCAGCUCACCAUUCAACUAAAGAAACCUGCUUUUUGGAGAAAUUAUGCCAGCUCAUAAAUUUCUUACUAGUACGAAGAUAUUACAAUGCCUAGCCUAACAAGAGAGUUAACAAAAUUUACUUUAUUUACCGUAAUACACAUCAUUAAACAAUC